GUGCAUGACUUUGUGUUAUAUAUCUUUUGAGAAAUAAUAACAGCAUUCACUGAGAAGUCUGAAAUAUUCAGGAGAUCUGCGGUCAAAAGGAGAAAGCCUUCAAUGGAGAAGAGUAAUGGCCUACGAGUGAUGCUGUUUCCACUUCCCUUACAAGGCUGCAUCAACCCCACGAUUCAGCUCGCCAAGAUCCUCCACUCAAGAGGUUUCUCCAUCACUGUGAUCUACACGCGCUUCAAUGCGCCAAAAGCCUCAAGUCACCCUCUCUUCACCUUCUUAGAGAUCCAAGAUGGCUUGUCUGAAACAGAGACAAAAACUCACGAUGUCACGCUUCUCUUAACCCUUCUCAACCGAAGCUGUGAGACUCCGUUUCGUGACUGUUUGACUAAACUCUUGCAAUCUGCAGACGCAGAGACAGGGGAAGAAAAAGAGAAGAUUAGCUGUUUGAUCGAUGAUUCUGGAUGGAUCUUCACACAGCCCAUUGCUCAGAGUUUGAAUCUCCCGAGAUUGGUCCUUAAUACCUAUAAAGUCUCCUUCUUUCGGAACCAUUUUGUUCUUCCUCAGCUCCGACGUGAAAUGUAUCUUUCAUUACAAGAUGAUUCAGAACAAGAUGAUCCAGUUCAGGAGUUUCCACCACUUCGAAAGAAAGAUCUUUUACAAAUUCUUGAUAAAGAAACAGAGGUACUAGACUCGUACUCGAAAAUGAUUUUGGAAACGACAAAAGCGUCUUCAGGUAUUAUAUUCAUGUCAUGCGAAGAGUUAGAUCAAGACUCACUGAUUCAAGCACGUGAAGAUUUUCAAGUCCCGAUCUUUGCGAUAGGGCCUUCUCAUAGCUACUUCCCAGGCUCUUCCAGUAGCUUGUUCAAAGUGGACGAGACUUGCAUUCCAUGGUUAGACAAGCAAGAAGACAAAUCCGUGAUUUACGUGAGUUUCGGGAGCGUCAAUACCAUCAACGAAGCAGAGUUCAUGGAGAUUGCUUGGGGUCUAAGAAACAGCAACCAGCCCUUCUUGUGGGUCGUACGGCUUUCCUCGGUCGUCCAUGGCACAGAAUGGAUCGAGGCAAUCCCGAAAAAGUUCAUCGAAAUGCUUCAUGAGAAGGGAAAGAUUGUGAAUUGGUGUCCACAAGAAGAUGUUCUUAAACAUCGAGCCAUUGGAGGAUUCUUGACACACAAUGGUUGGAACUCGACGGUUGAGAGUAUUUGUGCAAGCGUCCCUAUGAUCUGUUUGCCUUUUCAAUGGGACCAAUUGUUAAAUGCAAGAUUUGUUAGUGACAUAUGGAUGGUUGGGAUGCAUCUCGAGGGUCGGAUCGAGAAGAAUGUGAUCGAAGGAGCGAUAAGAAGAUUAUUGUUAGGAACUGAAGGAGAAGCAAUCCGAGAGAGGAUGGAACUUCUUAAGGUGAAUGUAGGAAGAUCGCUUAAACCAAAAGGUUCUGCAUAUCGAUCGUUACAACAUUUGAUCGACUAUAUAUCAUCUUUCAACCUAUAA